CCAGUCUCAAGGUAGCAACUUUCAAAAUUUUUAGUUCCUGUGUUCGUAACAAAUAAGUGAAAUCGCAUAUCGUGAUACCAGACUGACAGAAUCGAUAGAAUUCUCGAAGGAACGAAGAGAAGCGCCGAAAAUGCAUGUGGUGGGGGCACUGGUCAAUCUGCUGCUGAUCUUGGCCUGCAUUUACACGAUGACCUCACUGACCCCGGCGGACCAUCCGUAUGCCUUCCUGGCGGCAUCCUUCAGCCUGGUCCACGGAGUGCUGGGCGUGGUUCGCUCCUUUGCCAACGAGCCCGACGAGUGCGGACGCACCUUUAUGAUCUCAGCCAUCAUACUGGAGGUUAUCCCGCUGCCACUGGCGAACAUCGAGUUCUACCUGGUAUCCGAUCAGUCGGGAGUGGCGCUGGUGCACGGCCUGUCGUUGAUUCCACUGUUCUACGACAUGAUCGGCAAGAUCAGCGAGGACUGGGACAGCUCCACGGAGACGCUGAUGGACCUCGCUCUGUUGGGCAACAUCGGCUCCACGUUGUAUCUGGCCAUCAAGGACGGCAACCAUAUCUACUUCGGUGUGGCUGCCACCGCGCUCCUCGCCAGAUACGGCGGUGCAAUUGUCGAUAGCUGCAACGAGGGCCUUAGCAACGUUGUAGAGACUCUGGGAAACACCGGCAUCCUGGCCCUUAUGACCUACGCACUCACUGAGGGCUAAUUGCUAAAACUUAAAUUUGAUCGGUUCGCGAAAUAAAGCCAAGAUGAUGAAUCAGC